CCCAACCACAACUGCGGUAAUUACCCCCACUCAGUCUAAUAUCGUACCUCAAACUGUACAGGACAGGACAGGACAAAUCACACGAUGGGGAUGAUAUAAAACACACGCAUUCACCAAUGCGUUAAGCUACAUACACUUACACUCUUUGUUGUUUCCCGGUGCCUUUGUUUUUUGGGCACGGGAUUUGGCGGGGGGUUAUCAAAGGUUCGCGGUGCGCGGGUUUUUGAGCGCCGUUGCGGGAGGGCGGAGGGGGAUUGGGCGACGAGUUAUGGGGGGGAGUUAUGAGGAUGCGAUAGCCCUGCUGGAUACCCGCCGGCGAGUGCGCAGACCCAGCGGUGCAUUGGCAAAGGAUGCAGCACGCGAUGCGGGGCUAAAGCCAGAGUUCAGGGUCGGUGGUGAGGCAUUGAGGGGCAAGCCUGGGAUAGUGGGGAUGAGCGGCUGGAUGGAGGAGUUGGGGCAUUCUCCCGCAGACGUUGCGGCUCUGAAUAUCAUCCACGUCGCCGGCACCAAGGGGAAAGGAAGUACAUGCGCAUACAUCGAAGCGCUCCUCCUCGCUCAUGGAGCUGCGACCGGGUGGCCACGGAGUGUGGGGAUGUAUACCUCUCCGCACCUCCUUGUGCCACAAGAGCGUGUCCGGAUCAGCGGCACGGCAAUCGAUGAGCGCGGAUUCGCAAAGUACUUCUUCGAAGUUUGGGAGCGUCUCUUCGACGGGGACACGGCUACGGAAAGCCAGAAAGGGGAAAGGCCGCGGUAUCUCCAGCUAUGUGUUCUUGUAGCUCUGCAUGCGUUUAUCAAAGAGGGCGUUGGGGCUGUAGUCCUUGAGACGCAUCAUGGGGGCGAGUACGAUGCUACGAAUUUCGUGGAGAAGCCCGUGGUGACCGUUGUCACGCCGCUGGGGCGUGAUCAUGUGAAGCAGCUUGGACCGGGGAUGAAGGAUAUUGCGUGGCACAAAGCGGGAAUCUUGAAGUCCGGCGCGGUUGCUAUUUCGUCUGCACAGGAGGAGGGUCUGGAGGAGGUAUUGAGGGCGAGGGCGGAGGAGAGGGGGGUGUUUGGCGGGGAUGUGAAGGUUGUAACGGGGACUGAGGAGCCGGGGGUGCAAGGUGUCAAGCCGGAUGUACAAAUGGGGAAUUGCGCGGUUGCUGUUGUGGCUGUGCGGGCGUUUUUGGAGAGGAUGAGGGGGGAAGUGUUGAGCGAGGAGAGUGUGAGAAGAGGGGUUGAGGGGUUUAAGUGGCCGGGACGGUUUCAAGUUGUUGAGAGGGGUGGGGGGAGGGAGAGGUGGUGGUGUGAUGGGGCGCAUAAUGAGAUGAGUAUUGGUGUUGCGGGGCGGUGGUUUGUGGAUGGGCUGGAAGAAGGGGAUAGAGCGCGAGUCUUGGUGUUCAGCCAGAUCUCGGACAGCAGGGACACAGAGGCUGUGUUCAGAUGUCUGGCUGAGUCGUUGAAGGGGAGUGGUGUGCAGCUCGUCAUUUUCACGACCUACGAUCCGGAUCAGACUUUCUCGGCCUCUAUGUCUUUAGAUCAGCAAGUGGCCACAACAACGCUUCCAUCCCUGGAUGUAUAUGAGCGGGUAUGGAAAGAGCUGCAUCCAAAUGCGGAGGUGCGAUUUGAAUUGCAGUUGGCCGAGGCGCUGAAUUUAGCGAAGAGAAUUGGAGAGCCUGGGGCGGGGGUGGAUGUACUGGUUACGGGAAGCUUGCAUCUUGUUGCAGGGACACUUUGGUGGCUGGGGGAGGGAGUGGGAGGUGCGAGGUAGAAGGCCAAGGCGUAGCCCCCCCAGCUUGUUUGAGAUAGGGGCUGGGGGUGAUUUGAUUAGAUGUUGGAAUAGACAAAUAUUAGAAUAGAAAGGGGAUUGGAAUGAUUACUAGAAUGUAAGAAUUUAAGUUUCUAUGGUA